GCGAGAGGUCGUGGUGCGCGCGUUGUCGUCGUGUUCGACGACGACUACGAGUUGUUGUGCUGCUGCGGCGGCGGCGGCGGCGGCGGCGGUGCGGAGUGUGUUUUUAUCUCUUUGGUAUAAUAGUGCGUGUUUUGUUGUGCUGUUUCGCUGAUCGCUGAGCUUUCGAGGCAUUCGUUACUACGAUGCCCGAAGGCGGCGGCGGUGGUGGCAACGAGGGGUCGUCGUCGUCGGCUGGCCCCGACGAGACAGCCCCUUUGUUGAGAGCGCAGCAGCAAUCGAACGACGACGACGAUUCGGCCACGAUCGUCGGGGCCGACGGCCUCAAGCGCAGAAAAGUCAUACACGCCGCCAAAGAGACACUCGAUAAGGCGUCGCGCCUACUGCGUCGAAAGAUACCAUGCACGGGCCACCUGAUGACCCCUCGCCGCCUGUGGAUACAAAAAGUUCCAACUCAAGAAUGCGACGUGGUGAUGAUGUUUCCGAGCGGCAGCAACGAGGAAACUUUGAUGUGGCUUCUCGGCCGACUGCGAGCUGGCAGUCCCGGGCUCGUGGUUCACGUGCGACACCACGCCUCGUCCGACAGCUACGGUUUCUACCUGACGGCUCCGUUCUCGACUUUACUCAAAGCGGCCGAGGAGGUGCACCUGCCGAAGCGACUGCAGCAGGAGUACGGCGGCGGCCUCAAGGAGUUCGUCGGUACGGAGGCCAAGUGCUACGAGGGCAGCGACGACGCCGCGGCCUUCUUCACGACGCAGGAGCGCCAGUCGCUGGUGCUGCAUCUUCUUCACACGCUGAGGGCCGGUCCGCACGACAGUCUGCCGGGUCUCAAGCUCGUCGACGGACAGGCCAUCAUACCCAAAUGCCUGUCCGCUGGCAUCAUCUCACAGGUCUUCCCGCUGCACGAGUUGCCGGCGCUGGAGAAGCUUCAGCGCUCGUGGGUAAGAGCGUUUCUCAGUCCCCAGCCCCUCGACGACAUAGCCAGGUACUUUGGCGUCAAGAUCACGAUGUACUUCGCGUGGCUGGGCCACUACACUACCGCCCUCAUUGUUCCAGCCGCGGUGGGUGUCAUAUACUGGGUCGGCAUCAUCGGCAGGAAUCAGGCGGUGGAGGACGUGGCCUACGUGCUGUUCUCGAUUUUCAAUGUGAUAUGGGCGACGGUCUAUCUGGAGACGUGGAAGCGACGGGGGGCGGAGCUCGCUUACAGAUGGGGCACGCUCGAUCAGAGGGAUGAUCUGCUCGUCGAGCCGAGGCCACUUUUUACGGGGACUUGGGAGAUAUCACCGGUGACCGGCAAGCCCGAGCAAACAUAUCCCAGCUGGAAGAGGAACGUCUUUCGCUACUUCGUCAGCGGGCCCAUCAUCGCGGUCUGUCUGUUUCUCGUCUUUCUCGUCAUGUUCGUCAGUUUUCAAAUUCAGGACUGGUGGGACGCGCGUCUCGAGGCCGCCGGUUACGGCUUCUGGCUGAGCUACGUGCCCAAGGUCCUGCUGGCCAUCGUCAUCGCCCUGAUGGACGAGGCUUACUUCAAAGUGGCCGUCUGGCUCAACGAUCUGGAAAAUUAUCGCCUUGACACUGAGUACGAGAACCAUCUGAUCUGCAAAGUGGCACUGUUUCAGUUCGUCAACUCUUUUCUAUCGUUAUUUUACAUUGCGUUUUAUAUCCAAGACACCGAAAGACUCAAAGAGCAAUUGGCAGCUCUAUUGAUAGCGCGUCAAGUGAUCGGCAAUCUCAAGGAGUCGGCGGUGCCUUACCUCAUCGAGCAGCUGCGACUGGCCCGCCUGAGCUUCGAGAUGUUCGGCGCGCUGAGCCCGAGCGAGGCCCGACAACAACUGCCCGGCGAAGCGGCGGCAGCACCGGUCAAUGUCUCGAAGGACGAGGACGAGACCGUCGCCGCUGCUGCUGCGGCUGCCGCCGAGGACGACAAGGAUCAUCCGAGGGUAGCCAAGCAACGAAACAUUAGCCAAGCUGAACUCGAGAGUUCGCUCUACAGAGUAGGACACCCUACUAAUUCUCUACUUAGUGACGUUGCUUUCAAGCAGGUCUUUGGUUUGAGAGGUCGAUUUGUUGAAAAAAUUUUCGUUGGCUGCAGAAAGUUAUGGAGCAUGAUGUUGUUCAGAAAGAAAAUUCCGUCUUUGCAGUACGACGGCGCCUUCUCGGAGCACCUGGAAAUGCUGUCUCAGCUCGGCUACGUCUGCCUGUUCUCCUCGGCCUUUCCGCUCGCGGCGCUCUGCGCGCUGAUGGGAAAUCUGCUGGAGCUGCGCGGCGACGCCUUCAAGCUGUGCUUCGUCCUGCAGCGGCCCUUCGGACGCAGAGUGUCCAAUAUCGGAACUUGGCAGAACGCCAUGGAGGCGAUGGGUCUCGUGGCCAUACUGGUGAACUGCGCCCUGAUCGGUCUCAGCGGCCAGGUCCAGCGAAUGUUCCCGGAGAUGUCGGCCACCCAGACGAUACUGCUGAUAGUCGCGCUCGAGCACAUCAUGCUGGCGCUGCGCUUCGUCAUCAACUGCGCGAUCCCGGACAUACCGAGCUGGGUGGCCACCGAGAUGGCCAAGGUGGAGUUUUUGCGACGCGAGGCCGUCAGGAGACUGUCGACGACACCCUCGCCGUCGGAUCAUCACGCCUCCACGGUCAUAGGGAGAUUCGUGGUGCGUGCCGCAGCAGCUGGUGGUGGCAGCGGCGGUGGAGCCACGUCCUCGUCCAGCGCCAGCGGCACCAUGGCCAGCAGCAGCCAGGAGGAGCUCAGGCUCAGGCAGCAGGCCCAGCAGGAGUUGGCGAGCGCCCGGGCGGCCUAUCGCGCGAUGCAGUCCAGUCAGCCGGGCACGCCGACCCUGUUCUCGACCAGCUCGAGCGCAGCGGGUACACCCGCGGCUGCGGCUGGGGCUGCCGCCAGCCAUCAUCAGGUGCCGAGGAUAACCGAGACGUCGACGCCGCAGACGCCGGGUAGCACGGGCAGCGGCAGCGAUCACAGCAGCACCUUCUUGGCCGAGGCCGCGGCGACGACCACCAGGGAUAUCAGCAAUUUGCCAAGGGGUAGCAUACCGGGUGGCGAGAGAGGGAGAAGGUCGAGGGAGUGGCUGGCGAGCGAGCAGGAGUCGUCGGGCAGCGGCGAGUACAGCCAUCACCUGACCAUCGGUCCAAGCGGCGGCGUCGACUGGAUACGCAGACUAGGCCUGGAGAGCGGAGGCGGCCGGAAAUCCAGCGACUCCGAGAUCAUAUCCGGCAGCAACAGCGGCGACGAGAUGGCGUUUCACCGCUCGACGGACUGCAUCGUCUCCAAGGAUCUGGCCGGCUCGUCGGACAGCGAAAUGCGUUACGAGUUACGGUCCAUACCGCCCUGGACGCCCAACGCCAAGAAUCAGCAAAAGUAUCGCUCGUCGCCGGAGCGAGAGCCGAGGUCUCGCGAGAAAGAGAAGCAGCAGCAAUCGCAGCAGCUGACACCGAUGCAACAGUACCAGCAGCAUCGAGACUCGGUGGCCGAGCAUCGCGAGCGGGAGCGAGAAAAGGAGGCGGUGGCGCACGCCGCUGCAUCGGCCGCCGCUGCUGCUGCUGCCGCUUCGACGAGCCAGAGUACAUCGGCCGGCGGCGAAUCGAGUCGAAGGACAUCGAGUCAGGACGACGAGAAAGCCAAAGAGGAGCGAGAGGCCAAAAAGACGAGGGUCAAGCAGAGCCUGAUGAAGAGGGCUCGCUCCGUAGCAAUAUUUUCUCUCAAGCUCAAGGAGAGGAGAGCCAGGGAAGCGGAGAUCAAGGCGAAGGAAGCCGAGCGAGAGGCGAGAUGGCAACAGCAGCAGGCCUGCGUGGGCGGCGAGCUCUCCUGCAUACCCAUCGAGCAGCUCAUAUCUGUCGAGGAUAUCGCGGCUAUGGAAUCGAUGCGCCGAAUGAAUCACUAGUCGCGACCGCAUCAGCAGCAGCAGCAUCAGCUCCGUUAAACGCUUUUUUUUUAUUCUUCGGUGAUGAAAGUACGCGGCGAGGAAAACUGUAGCUAGAAUUUUGCUAAAAAAAAAAACACGACUACGGUAUUUCUCGUCGUGUACUCGACUGUGACUGAGUGCGUGAGUGUGUGAGUGUGUUUGUGCCUGUGUCUGUAAGAUGUUUAGAGCCAAGCGGACGAGUAAAUCACAAUCAAAAGAAAAUUAAACGAUGAAAAGCCAAGAAUAAUGUUUUCUGCGGUGCGGCCGCACGCCUUGGAAACACGCAUCCGCGCGGGAGGAUUUAUCCGAAAAGCUGUAGUAAUAAUAAAUAAUACGCAACGAAACAACGAAACUUAGCCAAAUGAAUAUUGAAAAAAAAAAAAAAUUCGUAUGAUUUCGCAUAAAAAGUCUUUGCGCGAAUGAACGAACGAACGAACACGCGAUCGACCCAUCUUUGAAGCAGCAGGUUUUUCAACGUCGACUGAAUAAAUGGUGCUUAUAAUUAAUUGUGUAUAAAUUUGUAAUCUUUCCUAGAGUUCGUUACGAUAUUUUUCUUCUUCUUUUCCCAUUGUCCAGAAAAGCGCAAAGUAAGAUCUAAAAAUGAAAUUACACACGAAUUAUGUCAAUUAAUAUUUUUGAACAACGUUAAAAGAAAUAAAUGAGUACUCAAGGUCGGAAAAUAAACAUUAUCAUAAAUACGAGUAAAAAUAUAAAAAGUAUAAAUGAAAUUUCAGUUGCCGAAAAGCCUGCAGCUAUUGUAAGAUUUAGAUUCAAAUCUAUAAGUAACGUAGAAAAAAAAAGCAAUCGAUCUAUCAAACCAAGACUAAUGUAUAAUGUUUCCCUCGCUCUUACGAUUGUACGAGAAGAAAAAUAAAAAAAAAAAA